UCCGCAUCCAGCAUGGCGGACGCCGACGACAGCGAUGUUGGAAGUUCCAUUUCCGACAUGGAAGAAGUGGGAGAAAAUGAGGCAGAAGAUGAGGGAAUGUCAUCAGAAGGCGACGGUGAAGCUGGAGAUGGUGAUCAUGGUGUUGAGGAAGAGGCGCACGAGAAUGUGGAGAGACGUGUUUAUGUGCCAGGCACUAAUGCCAAUGACGAGGAUGGGGAGCUUGAGUGUGACGAAUCCGCCUACGUUCUUUAUCACCAAGUCACUACAGUUGCUCCGUGCCUGAGCUUUGACAUCAUCCCCGACAACCUUGGCGAGAAGAGGGCAGACAAAUUCCCGCUGUCGGCGUACCUGGUGUCGGGAACCCAAGCGGAACGCUCCCACUUGAACCACGUGAUUGUUAUGAAGAUGAGCAACAUGAGUCGCAACAAGGCCUCCAAGAAGGCCAACGAGAAUGAAGACGACGAAAGUGACAGCAGUGACAGCGAGGAUGAAGACGACAAGCCAGAGCUGGACAGCGCCCUAAUUCCGCACCAAGGGUGUGUCAACAGGAUACGUGUGACAAAGCACCACGACAAAGUGAUGGCAGCCACAUGGUCCGAGAACAGGAAGGUGUACCUGUGGGACUUGAGCCACCCUCUGAAAGCGGUGGACAAUCCCUCCGUGAUGUCUUUGUACGUGAGGAAUAGCGAAGCUCCAAAGCCGGCUUUCAGCUUUGCGGGGCAUUUAACGGAGGGCUACGCCAUGGACUGGUCACCCACCAAACCAGGUGUCCUUGCUACUGGAGACUGCACCAAGAACAUCCACCUGUGGAAACCGCAGGAGAGCACGUGGCAUGUGGACCAGCGUGCUUACACGGCACACACUGCAUCUGUGGAAGACAUCCAGUGGUCACCCAACGAGGCAACGGUGAUGGCAUCCUGUUCCGUGGACAAGUCGAUCCGUAUCUGGGACAUCCGCGCAGCCCCACACAAGGCCUGCAUGCUGACAACGUCCGACGCCCACGAGACCGACGUCAACGUGAUCAGCUGGAACAGGACGGAACCUUUCCUGCUGUCAGGAGGGGACGACGGUGCCGUCAAGGUUUGGGAUCUCCGUUUGUUCCAGAGUGGUAAACCAGUAGCUGUGUUCAAGCACCACCUGGCUCCCAUCACCUCGGUGGAGUGGCACCCGACGGACAGCACCGUGUUCUGCGCUUCGGGGGCGGACGACCAGCUGACGCUGUGGGACCUGGCGGUUGAGAGGGACCGGGACGCUGAAGGGGACGCCGCGGAAGAGCCAGAGGUCAGCCAGCUCCCUCCGCAGCUGCUCUUCAUCCACCAGGGACAGAAGGACAUCAAGGAGGCGCACUGGCACCGACAGAUGCCGGGACUUGUGAUCAGUACGGCACACACUGGAUUUAACGUGUUUCGGACUAUCAGCGUCUGAUGCGGCUGCUGGCCUUUUUGGGGAGGAAUGUGAGAGAAUGGGAAAAUCAGUGUUGUUGAAAGAAAGAGUCGUGCUUGUAAAAAAAAAAAGAAAAAAGUUGUCGUCUGUUUCAAAAAUG